GGUUUAAAGUAAACCAACAAAAAAAUACAAUAACCGAGAUCGAUAACCGAGAAAAUAAAAAUCAAACGAAACGAUGUUUUAUAGAAGUGUUGAAUACAUCAUCUCUUUGCUUUCAUCUCCUUCAUCAUCACCAAAGCCAAGUCUCCUCCUCCUCAAGAUCUGAUCGUACACGUUCGUUGACUUCGUCUUCUCUAGAGAAAUGAGUCAGCAGAAGGGAUUGAUUUACAGCUUCGUAGCCAAAGGAACCGUCGUUCUAGCCGAGCAUACUCCUUACUCUGGAAACUUCAGCACCAUCGCUGUUCAAUGUCUCCAGAAGCUUCCCACUAACAGCAGCAAGUAUACUUACUCCUGCGAUGGCCACACCUUCAACUUCCUUGUCGAAAACAACGGUUUUGUGUUUCUUGUGGUUGCUGAUGAGUCUACUGGAAGAAGUGUUCCUUUUGUGUUCCUUGAACGGGUCAAAGAAGAUUUCAAGAAACGGUAUGAGGCGAGUAUAAAGAACGAUGAGCCACACCCUCUUGCAGAUGAUGAUGACGAGGAUGAUGAUUUGUUUGGCGAUCGGUUUAGCAUCGCUUACAAUCUUGACAGGGAGUUCGGGCCUAUACUUAAGGAGCAUAUGCAGUAUUGUAUGAGCCAUCCUGAAGAGAUGAGCAAACUUUCAAAGUUGAAGGCUCAAAUAAAUGAUGUCAAGGGGAUCAUGAUGGACAACAUUGAGAAGGUUCUGGACAGGGGAGAGAAGAUAGAACUUCUGGUUGACAAAACGGAGAACCUUCAGUUCCAGGCAGAUAGCUUCCAGAGGCAAGGAAGGCAACUUAGAAGGAAGAUGUGGAUACAGAGCCUGCAGAUGAAGCUGAUGGUGGGAGGUGCUGUUUUGUCCUUUAUUCUCAUUGUUUGGGUUGUUGCUUGUGGUGGUUUUAAAUGCUCGUCUUGAUUCUCUGUAUCUGUUUGAUCGCCACCACCUUGUUUACCACGUAAAACGCAUGCUCAUGUUUGUACAUGUUAUGAUCAAUCACCAUCAUUCCCAGAAGCUUAUCUGUUAUGCUUAUAUAUAAACAAAUAAAAAUCAAGUUUUGGCG